AAACUGGACUACAAACUGGAAAACAGGACCAUUGUCGGGUUCCCUAACUCGACGCCAUACGAUGGAAGCAUCCUGGAGGCCGACUGUGACAUCCUGAUCCCAGCGGCCAGCGAGAAGCAGCUGACCAAGAGCAACGCACACAAGAUCAAGGCCAAGAUCAUCGCUGAGGGGGCGAACGGUCCGACUACACCCGAAGCCGACCGCAUCUUCCUAGAGAGGAACAUCAUGGUGAUCCCGGACAUGUACCUGAACGCCGGCGGUGUGACGGUAUCGUACUUUGAGUGGUUGAAGAAUCUGAACCACGUCAGUUACGGUCGACUCACCUUCAAAUACGAGAGGGACUCAAACUACCACCUGCUGAUGUCGGUUCAGGAGAGUCUAGAGAGGAAGUUUGGUAAACACGGCGGAGCCAUCCCCAUCGUCCCUACCUCUGAGUUCCAGGCCAGAGUCGCUGGAGCGUCUGAGAAGGACAUCGUUCACUCAGGUCUAGCCUUCACCAUGGAGCGCUCUGCUAGGCAAAUCAUGAGAACAGCCAACAAGUACAACCUCGGUCUUGACUUGAGGACGGCGGCGUACGUCAACGCUAUCGAGAAGGUGUUCCAGGUUUACAACGAGGCCGGCCUCAUCUUCACAUAGUGUCUGUCUGUCUGUCUGUCUCACCUCUGGAGGAUUUCUUCAACACAAAGUCCAGCGUUUACAGUUUUUUGAAUGAAUCUCUGUGUUUUGUUGUGUUCAUUCCUUCUUCGUCACGACUGUUUACCCUCCUCCUCCUCAUGAGAAGUUCAAACCACAGAAUCUUCUGGUUUCAUAGCUGUAUGAGUGUUUUUCUUAUUGUGCUGCUUUAUAUAUAAACAUAUCUAUAUCUAAACCUAUAAAAGCCUUAAAGUGACUGUAACACACUAAGUGGACCAAAGUGUGUGGACGCCCUCGUUAUUGAUCGAUUUAAACCUGAAGACAUUGUUCUUUAUUCAUAUUUCAUUAUUUUAUUUUACGAGUUAUAGAAUAAUUUUAGGACAUUAUUCAAACAAAAAUAAAUAAAAAGAACCUGAAUGAGACGAGUGACAGAAAGUUAAUAUAUAAGUAUUUAGAUGAUCAAAUACUUGUUUAGGUCGUCGUUGAUUCAGAUGUGAUUAUUGUCUAAUUAUUAUUUAUAAAUUAUUAUUAUUUAUAAAUUAUGUUUUAAAAACGGGACGUUUUCACAUCUUCCUCUAAACAUGAAAAACAGUCGUCCGGUUAGCGUCCGGUUGUCGAUCAGAGGCGUCCACAUUCUUUUGUCCACACGGUGACUCUACAUGUUUGCUUCUUUGUGUUUGUGUCUCAGGACUUGUGGAGUUUUAUUAAAGGGUCAUUUCAUGUUUCUGUGGGUUUAAAAUCUAAAUCAUACAAAUCCUAUUUGAUCUUUUGAUGACAUGACUCUGAUCCUUCAGUCUGCACUCAGUUCUCAUCUUCUCUUAAUGUUUAACUUUAAGGAAUAAAGAGAUGUGUAGCAGAGUUAUAAUCAAAUGAAUCCAAAGAAAAAUAAUUAAUCUCAGAUCAAUUAUCAAGAUGAAUCAUUUUAGGUCAUAAAUAGAUUAUUUUUCUUGGUGAAGUGAGAAAAUGUUACAUUAGAUAAAUCUAUUUUUGAAAUGACACGUAUAUCAUUGGUGUUUUUUCUGCUUUACUUUAUACUUUAUAUUUAAUAUUUUCAUCUGAUGUUGAACCCUCGUGUUGUUUACCGUCACAGAGGAAACCGGCGGUUUGAUUCCCGUUUGUUUCCUCGAUGUGUUGGUCAGCUCUGAUUAAUAAAUGCUUCUGGGAGUUUUCAGGCCUUUCUGUUCAAAUAAAGUACAAACAGUCA